AAAUGUAAGACCCACAUUCAGACACAAGACAAAGAAGCGAAGAAGGAAGGAAGGUGGAGAAAAAAGUGGAAAGAUUGAAGAGCUUCUCUUGUCACGCCUCACAAAUAUUGGCACUUUUCUCUCUUUCCUUCUUUAUUUCCUUUUCCCCAAAUCAAAGCUUCAAAUUUGGUCAAGUCCUAGAAAUCCUACGUCCAGGCAAUUUCAAUCAACAGUCAAAUCAUUUCUUAAUUCGAUUCAGAUCAGACUCUUUUUACGGAUAAUUUACAAGAAAACUUUUGAAAAGAGAUGUCUUGCUCGUCGUCAUCAGGGUCCGAGGAAGAGGAUGAGGGCUUCGAUUCCUACAGAAAGGGAGGGUACCACGCCGUCAGGGUUGGCGAUCAGUUCGCCGGUGGGAGGUACAUAGCACAGAGAAAGCUGGGCUGGGGUCAGUUUUCUACCGUCUGGCUCGCAUUCGAUACUCGCAAUUCUACAUAUGUUGCCCUCAAAAUUCAGAAAAGUGCAGCCCAGUUUGCCGAUGCUGCCCUUCAUGAGAUAAAUGUUCUUUCAUCCAUUGCUGAGGGCGACCCUUCAAAUUCAAAGUGUGUUGUCCAAUUGAUCGACCACUUUAAGCACUCAGGCCCAAAUGGGCAGCACCAUUGCAUGGUCCUUGAGAUGCUUGGUGAUAGCUUGCUUCGUCUGAUCAGAUAUAGACAUUACAAAGGCCUCCCAAUGAAUAAACUUAGAGAAAUUUGUAAAUGCAUUUUGAUUGGUUUGGAUUACUUGCAUAGAGAACUUGGAAUAAUCCACUCAGACCUAAAGCCUGAAAAUGUCCUUCUCUUAUCCACCAUUGAUCCUGCUAAAGACCCUCUUAGAUCUGGACAAAGCCCGAUUCUGGAGAGGCCUGAGGGAAGCAUGAAUGUCGGAUUUUCAAGUGUCAUUGAGAAAAAGCUAAAAAGGAGAGCAAGAAGGGCAGUUGCUAAAAUAUCAGGAAGAACUUCAUCAUUGGGAGAAGCUGGAGUGGUUCCAAAACCCGACAGAAAUGUUGAUGGAGUUGAUGUGCAAUGCAAGAUAGUCGAUUUUGGAAAUGCAUGCUGGGCAGAUAAGCCAUUUGCAGAAGAAAUCCAGACAAGGCAGUAUAGAGCUCCUGAAGUUAUAUUGCAGGCUGGGUAUUCGUUCUCUGUUGACAUGUGGUCUUUUGCUUGCAUUGCUUUUGAGCUCGCCACGGGUGAUAUGAUGUUUACUCCCAAGUCUGGACAAGGUUUUAGUGAGGAUGAGGACCACCUUGCCCUGAUGAUGGAACUCCUUGGAAAGAUGCCCCGGAAGGUUGCCGUUAGUGGAGCAAAAUCCAGGGAUUUCUUUGACAGGCAUGGGGAUCUAAAAAGAAUUAGGAGGCUGAAAUUCUGGCCACUUGACAAAUUUUUGAUUGAUAAAUACAAGUUUUCAGAGAGUGAUGCUCGUGAGUUUUCAGAAUUUAUUUGCCCCCUUCUGGAUUUUUCACCAGAGAAGCGGCCAACAGCACAACAGUGCUUAGAACACCCUUGGCUUAAUGGUCAAGCCAACUCCAAAUAAUGAGAAAUGAUUCUAGUUUUUGAAAAGUUGAUGGUUGGGAUGUUGACAGACUAAUGGAAGAAAGUUAUUUGACAGAGCCAUAGUUACUGCAUUUUAAGCUCCUCCUUCCACAUAUGAUGACCUGUUAUUGGUUGUGAUUCAUUUUUUAUUUGUUCACGUUGUUAUUUUUUAUUGGAUCAAUAUACACAAAGAUAUGUAUAGUAGAGAAUUUUGUUCCUCUAGAGACGAUAUGCACGGGAAUUUGCGUGUAUAUUCUUUUUUCUAAUAAAGUUAUUUUGUAUCCAGUAUUAUUGGAUCAAAAUCGAAUGUUUUGGGGUCCAUCUUGUAUGUAUAUGUUCUAGCUACUGGUGACAUUCAUCCCAUUGAAGUUGUAGAAGCUUUGAGGAGAAAGGAGCAUGUGCUAUUGUGUUGUGA